CUGCCCAAAUAGUAUGCACUAUGUCAGUGCGCCAUCUGCAGGACAGGUGCGGAACUAACACACGGAUGCGUGUCUGUCAACAAGCCAAGUUGCUCAGAUGAGAAGAUGGGAGAAACCAGAAAGUUGCAGCUUUAAGCCUCAUAUUAUCAGAAUGGCACGUCGUUUGGCCACACAGAGCUGUUAGAAAAUACAGUAAUUGAGGGGACAGUGUUACUUUAUUCCUUCUAGCAGUGUUUUGCUAUGGUUGAAGAUGGCGCAAGCACUGUCAGAAGAGGAGUUCCACCGCAUGCAGGCUCAGCUCUUAGAGCUCAGAACGCAAAACUACCAAUUAUCUGAUGAGCUGCGAAAAAAUACAGCAGAGCUCAACAGUGUCCGUCAGAAGAUCUCGACCUUGGAGAAAGAUUACAUCAAAGCACAGAAGGCUUUGAAUAAGAGCAAGAAAGCCCAGGAGGUAGAUGCCUUACUCAGUGAGAACAAGAUGCUGCAGGGCAAGUUACACAGUCAGGAAGAUGAUUUCAGACUGCAGAACAGCACCCUAAUGCAAGAACUGUCCAAGUUAUGUUCCCAGAUCGAGCAGUUAGAACUAGAGAAUCAGGGGCUGAAGGAGGGUCAGGGUUUGGAAAGACCUGUCUACAGCCCCACUUCUGGUCCAAUAGAUGCUGAGCUCCUGCGGUUACAGGCUGAAAACUCUGCCCUGCAGAAGAAAUUAACAGCUCAUCAAGAACGUCCAGAUGUUAAUGAUGGUAAAGCAGUGCUCGUUGAUGGAUCAGCCGACACUAAUGGUGUCCAAUCCGAUGCCAGUGGACACAGUGAGGAGACUGCAGCCCUGGACAAUGACCAGCUUGACCAGGCUGAGGGGCAGAGCACUAAACCGGAACAGCAACAUAAUGACCUGAGCGAGGUGGUGUUAAAGCUUCAAACAGAGAUGGAGGAGAAAUGUUUACUGAGGGAACAGCUUCAGGCACUAGAGACAUCCAAGAAGACAGAAAUCACAAAAAUACAAGAAGAGAACGCUAAAUUGUCUGACAAAUUGAAGAAAAAGCAAGAGAGCUUCCAGCGGCUACAAGUUGAGAAGGAAGCACUUUACAAUGACAGCAGGACUAAAAUAGAUGAGAUCCAACAGCGGAAAGAGGAGGAGCUUAAAUCCGUAAACCUCCGUGUGCAAAAAUUGCAGGCAGAUUUAAUGGCUGCCAACCAGAAUGUCGCUGAAAUGAAGGAGCAGUUGCUGAGUAAACAGAAAGAGCAUGAAAUGGCUGUCCAUGCACUUAAAGAUCAGGUAGCGUGUCAGAGCGCUGUCAGUCAGGAGCAGGUGGAGGGUAUGCUGAGUGAGAACGAUGCUCUCAGGACAAACCUAGCGGCCCUAGAACAGAUACAAUCCGUGAAGACUCAGGAACUGAAUUUGCUGAGAGAGCAAAAUAUGGUGCUCAACGCUGAGCUUCAGCAGAGACGAGCUGAGCAGGAGGUUUUCCUGGCACAGAGAGAUGACUUCAAUUCUCAGCUACAGGAGUCAAACCGAGCCAAUAGUCGACUAUUGGAGCAACUCACAGAACUGGGUCUGGAGAAAGACAAACUACAGCAGGAGUUAGAGGAGGCCAGAAAGACUGCAGAUAAGCGAAAGGUGAUGCUUGAUGAACUUGCCAUUGAGACGGCACAGGAGAAGUCUCGACACAAAGAGGAACUGAGUGAUGUGCGUCUCCACCAUGAGAAGGAUGUGCUGAGCAUCAGGGCACGCUACGAGAAGGAGCUCCGCGGCCUCCAUGAGGAGAAGAACCGCACAGAGGAGGAGAUCCGAUCACAGCUACGAGAUGAGAGAGCUCAUACCAAAGAGUUGGAAGGUCUUCAGCCAUAUGUGGAGGAAUUGAAAGCUCAGGUUCUGUCUAUGGAGGGAACAAAGGGCUGGUUUGAACGUAGACUCAAAGAAGCAGAGGAAACCAUGGAAAAGAACAAUCUGGACCAUUCAGAGGAGGUCCAGCAACUACAGAGAGAACACACACUCCAGCUGGAGGCUAAAGUUGCAGAGGUGGAGGCAGUCAAACAGCAAGUGAAGGAGAUGGAGAAAGAGAGAGAACAUCUCAACAACACAAUCAGCAAACUCAAACAGGAGCUUAAAGACACAGUGGAUGGCCAGAAAAUCUUGGAGAAAAAAGGCAGUUCGGCACUGAAAGACUUGAAGAGACAACUUCAUCUGGAGAGAAAGAGAGCUGAUAAACUCCAGGAGCGCCUGCAAGAGAUUCUAACCAACACUAAGACCAGGACAGGUCUGGAGGAGCUGGUGUUGUCAGAGAUCAGUUCCCCGAGCCGUACGCCGCAGACGGGUGACAGCAGCAGCAUUUCUUCCUUCAGCUACAGAGAGAUCAUGAAAGAUGGGGCAUCAGCUCCCAGCACUAAUAAGUCCAACACCAGUAGUCCUCAGUCACAGCGACCUGCUGACCUUUCUGACGAUGAGGUCAGCGAGCUCUUCCAAAGACUUGCAGAGGUCCAACAGGAGAAGUGGAUGCUGGAGGAGAAGGUGAAACACUUGGAGGUCAGCUGCGCAUCAAUGGCCGAUGAUAUCUGUAAAAAGAGCGCCAUUAUUGAGACAUACGUCAUGGACAGCAGGAGAGAUGUAUCAGGAGGAUUUGGCUUGGCCCAUGGUGCUCAGGGAGAACGUGGGGUUUUGAGCUCUGUGCUUAGGGACUUGAUGAAACCUGGAGACGAAAACCUGCGUGAGAUGAAUAAAAAACUGCAGAACAUGCUGGAAGAGCAACUGACAAAGAACAUGCAUCUACAGAAGCACCUGGAAGUUUUGUCUCAGGAGAUCGUUUGUUUGAGUAAAGACACCAGCCCUCCGGAAAGCUCCAAAGCAACGGGCUAAAACUGAACACAUCCACCCAAUGAUUCAAUACCCUUCUAUCUCAUCUCUUCACGGCUACAAGGAGGAAACCACACCCACCUUUUACAAAGACAUGACCUCCUGCUGAAAUCUCAGAUGAACAAUGAGAAUAGAAGGUCAAACAGAGUGUGUCCAUCUGUGAUUUACAUACUACUGAAUGUAACUUAACACUUUGUAUGUUUCUUUGUUCGUGACGGGAAAUAACUGGUCAAAAGGGGCCAUCUUACCGCCCCUUGCUGCUUGACAUCCUUGAGCCGGAUGCUCGGGACAGUGGCGUGACCUUUGUGGUCCAAACGGGCCUCUCUACCAACCACUAAUUCCCCCGUUCAGGACAGUCAUUUGUUGGUGUCUUCAAAUUGCUCACUGUUGUGUUGCCUGUUUUGUAUAUUUGUUUCACUGAAGAAGCUGCUUCUGUGUGUGAAUGUAUGUAUAUGGGACAUAGAAGAGAUCUGAUCAUCAACAGUGUAUUUAUUUGUGCAAGAAAAUCCCAAUAUCGUAGUGUCUCCUAGUAUCUCUACAGAAUGCUGCUCCUUUCCAUAGUGCAUUUUAAAAUCAGGAGGGAAAAAAAGGUUUCUACAAACUAGUACUGCUGGGUUCAUUACAUCAACAAAUUUGAAAAGUUUUCUGGUUAGAAAGAGUCUGCUUUUAAUUGCUGUGAUAAUUAUCUGAGCAUUUUAUGGGGCUCUCAAAAUGUUCCAGUGAUGGAAAGCGGCUCCCUGGACUUCGCUCGUUAAGCAGCAAUCUUUCCGCAGCUUAACGACUCCGUUUGACACCUCUCUAUCUGUCUUCUGAAUUGAAAACACUGUUGAGAAAUGCAGCAAUUUCUCGCAGUGCCCACUUGACAUGCUCGAUUCCUGUGGCAAAGCUAGCCAUCUGUUUUAGUGUCCAACACCAGUUUUGGCCAUAUGUAUUAACGCCUUUGUCCUGAUUUUCGUUUCGAGAAUGUUGCAACAUCAUUCCGCUUUUAAAAAUGUAUUUUUGCUUUGUAAACAUUUUGAAUUCUGACACAGAAUUCCAGAAUAGAGCUGACAGAAAUUUAAGCAUUUAACAACAAUUAACAUUAGUUGUUGGGACACUACAAUCUGAGCUUAGCUCCACAAUAUGCCACUGUUUUUGGGUUACGUGAAGAGGAGGUUGUUGAAUAUACAUAAGUUAUUUUGCGUCAGUACUCCGGAUCAGCUCAAGUUUUUGUGUAACCGCAUGCAUUGAAAUCGAGCACUCUUUUGUCUUGAUUUUUCCAAUCGUUAACCAACAUACAAUGGACAUUAGUUGUUGUUGCCGCAAUGAUGGCCUGAGGAAUAGACAUACAGUCCGUUCAAUUAGUUGCACCAUUAUGUAACUUGGUUUCGAUUUAGUAAACAAAAUCUUAAGAAAUCUUUUUGCCACAAAAAUGUAUUUCGACUUGUCUCUCCUCUUUAAAGAAAGCAAAUGUUGCAAUGAGGCACUUACAAUGGAAGUGAGUGGGGGUCAAUCUGUAAACAUUCAAAUUUCAAUUUCCGUUUAAAACAUAUUGACACAAGACAUGAACAAUAUGCAUGUAAACAUCAUUUUAGAGCGAUAAAAUUGCUUUCUAACCUUAUCUGUUUAAAGUUCUAUCCAAUUUUACAAUUUGGUUGCCAUGACGAUGCAAUGCCGUAAACCUUAAAUGACCAUAAAAACAAUGAUUUAAACAACUUGCAGCUCAAAUCAUGCACAAGUUUAGAAGAAUUAAUGUGCAGUAUGUGCUUUUAUACAUUAUAAACUUCACAUUUCUGACUUUAAACCCUCCAAACAUUGGACUCAUUCACUUCAAUUGUAAGUGCCUCAGUGUAACCUCGAUUUCUGCCCUUUUAAAAGAAAAGGGAAGAGGAAUCGAAAUAAGUAAAUAAAUGCAAGUUGUGCGAAGUAGUUUUACAUUCAAUUCAAUGCAGCAAUUUACAUAAGAAUGGUUUAACAAACAAUUUACACAUAAAUAUGUAAAUUCUGCUCUUUCAUGAACAAGGCCCAUUGAACAGAAUGUACUAGUCCUCACAGCUUUGUUUUCAUGACUACGGUCCAUUUUAAAUGCAAUGAAUUAUGACCAAACUGCUAUGAAAAAUGAUUGUUUGCUUAGUCCGUUCUGAUUGAACAGAACAUAGUAAAUAUUCCAGAUUGAAAUUUUUAGGAAUAUGAGAUUAUGGAUCCAGCAUCCGCUUUGAUAACGGUUCUGUGUUAAGACGUAUAUUUAUAUUCAUCUUAGAAAAUUAAGUUUUAUGAUUUGUGAGAUGUGCUCGGUUACCAUUGUGUUUAUUUCAAGCCUUUGUAUAGUUAUUGCAAUUCUUCACAUUUUAUUACGACAACGGUUUGUUUUUGAUGUUAACAGCACAUGAACGCAACGUUCAUGCAUGGUGCGCUAAAUACCUGUCAAAUCCAUCACUCUGGCUUCUGAAGGAAAUCCUGACUAAUUGCUUUCCCAUAAUCCAUCCUCACCCAUAAUUUAUGCCGUGUAGAUGUAGUCAAACGAUAUUCUUUGAUUAUCGCUUUUGAGGAAACUGACAAAUCUGUAAUAAAUCACUCGCAUCAUUGCACUCAAAAGGAUGAAGGAUGUUUGCCUUUGAAGCUCAGAUUGUUUCAUAGAUUUUUCUAAUCUCUUUCAAAUUAACUCUAUUUAGAAUCAUUGUUUAAUUAUCACUUACAUGAAAACAAAUGAUAUUGUUAAUCUCCAUUCUCCCACUGCUUGCUAUAAGCUUAAUAUUUAUUUGUGCAUUUAUCCGCUGUCAUGUUCCAUAACAAGAUGCAGUGAUAAUAAAGAAUGGCUGGAAGAUCUGAA